GUGACGGGCGGGUGUCUUGUCUAUGAGUGAAGAAGCGCUGCACGUGGUGCUGCCGGUGCUGCAGUGGCUGGCGGAGGGGUUCUUCGACCCUAGGGUGUUUGGCACCGUUGCGAUCUCGGUCUUCUUGUACAAGUUGCUUCCGACGACGGACCCUGUGUUGGGCUUGGGCCAAGUGAAGAAGCCUCGGUUCCAAGCGCGCUCCCAUGUGUUUGCCACGGACUUGAAAAUUGUGGUGGGGAGCAACACAGGCCCCGAUGGCAAGACCCCUGUGUCCGGCAACGUAACCGGGCGCCAAGUGUGGCGUCCCCAGGGCGACGUGGUCGAACUGCCGGCAUUCUCCGCUGCCGAAAACCCGAACGCCGGCGACAAGUUGCUCCGAAAGUUGCUGCUCGACGGCAAAAAAGUGCCUACCGGCGGCAAUGGCGGCAAGAUCGACAAGGCACUGCGCCAAGCGCUCGAAUACUUCAAGCUGCUGCAAAGUGAAGACGGGUCGUGGCAAGGCGACUAUGGUGGACCUAUGUUUCUCCUCCCAGGGCUUGUGAUUACCUGCUACAUCACGGGGCACGACUUGGGUCAGUCCAUCGUAGACGGCAUUAUCGUGUAUCUGCGCAACCAGCAGCAGUACGACGGCGGAUGGGGUCUCCAUAUUGAGGAAGGCUCUUCUAUGUUUGGCACAGUGCUCAACUACGUAAGUUUGCGGCUGCUGGGGGUGCCACCGACCGACGAUGUAUGUGUGGACGCGCGGACUUUCAUCCUGCAUCACGGCGGCGCCACACUGGUGCCAUCAUGGGGAAAGGUUUGGCUGGCUCUCUUGAACGUGUACGACUGGCGCGGAGUCGACUCGCUGCCGCCUGAGAUGUGGUUGCUGCCGCGGUGGCUUCCGUUUCACCCUGGUCGGACGUGGGUACACUGUCGCAUGGUGUACCUGCCCAUGAGUUAUCUGUACGGCAUCCGAUUCCAAGCGGCUGAGACGCCGCUGAUCGUGGCCAUUCGCGGCGAGAUUUAUGCGACACCGUACAAGUCGGUGAGCUGGCGAAAGGCCCGCGGCGCGUACUCAAAGCUCGACGAAUACCACGCGCCGUCGCCGAUUAUCCGGACGAUCAACUACCUCUUGUCAUGGUACGAGUUGCUCCCGACGUUGCUGCCGUACCGCAAACGGGGGCUUCAGUUCGCCCUCGACUUUAUUCAAGCGGAUGACAAAGAAACCAACUUUUGCAACAUUGGACCAGUGAAUAAAUCGCUCAAUAUGCUCGUGGCGUGGGUGGUAAAUCCAAACUCGACCGAGUUCAAGCAGCAUACCCAGCGCAUUGAAGACUACCUCUGGGUGGCUGAAGACGGAGUCAAGAUGCAGGGGUACGUUGGCUCCCAGACGUGGGAUGCUAGCUUUGCUGUCCAGGCGUUUGUGGAUGCCGGCGUGGCCACCGACGCCUCGUUCAAGCCGACGUUCGUCAAGGCGCAGUCGUUUCUCAAGGAAGCGCAGAACGUCCACGAUGUUGAUGAUGGACCCAAGUGGUGGCGCCGCAUUCAAAAGGGUGGAUGGGGAUUUGGUAUUGCGUCCAAUGGAUAUCCCGUGUCAGACUGUACGGCGGAAGCUGUGAAGGCGCUUCUGCUGCUCCAACAAGACGCGAAGCUCCCGGCCUUCCCAGAGCAGCGCCUGAAAGAUGCUAUCGACUUUAUCCUGGCCCUGCAAAACACGGACGGGGGGUUUCCCCCGUACGAGCGAAGCCGUGGAUUUGACUGGUAUGAGUACCUGAACCCGGCAGUGGUAUUUGGGGCGAUUAUGCACGAUUACUCGUACGUCGAGUGCUCGUCGGCGUCCAUCUCGGCACUCCAGGCGUUUCAAGCGGCUCAUCCGACCUACCGCCCCCACGCCAUCAGCGCCGCCACCGCCAAAGCCGACACGUUCAUUCGAUCCCUGCAGUACCAGGACGGCAGCUUCUUUGGCAAGUGGGGCGUCUGCCACACGUACGGAACGCUGUUUGCAAUCAAGGGCAUGCGCGCGGCGGGGGCGACCGACACGGACGAAGAUGUGAAGGAUGCGGUGGCAUUUUUGCUGAAAAAGCAGCGCGAAGACGGCGGAUGGAGCGAGAGCUUCUUCUCAUGCUCCACUCGUCGGUACUUGGAGGAAUCCACGAGUCAAGUGGUCAACACGGCGUGGGCGUUGCUUGGCAUCAUGAAAGGGAUUGAAGGCGCAAGUGACCCAGAGGAGGUAUAUGCAAAGGAAUGGGCUGCCGUGCAAAAGGGCAUCGAGUUUUUGGUCGCCAAGCAAUUGCCGUCGGGGGACUGGGCCCAGGAGCGAGUGAGCGGCGUGUUCAACCGGACGUGCGGCAUCACAUAUGCCAACUACCGCAACAUCUUUCCCACGUGGGCACUUGGACUGUACCAAAAGUUGCAUCCUAGCGUCAAAAACUAACGAGUUACUAGUUGUUUAUGGAGGCUCGUCAUACUAGUAGUAGUACUAGGACUAACUACCCCAUACGAUAAUAAAUACUAUUGGAUGAC